AUGUUCGCUCCGGGAGCCUCAGGAGUCACAUUCAAGGAUACAGUUCCCGUUCGCCCACCUAUUACAAGAAGCGAUAGUGAUGAAUCCAAGACUAGUGCAUGGGGACGCAUUCUUCAAAUGAAUCCUAAUCCCUUGAAAGCGGAUAAUGAGGACAAAAAUGUAGCCGAUCCAGCAGCUUUGGACGUCUUGUCACCAAAUUUUACUAACACUUAUGACGUCUAUGAUGAGAAAAAGUUGGAAAGACGAGCCAAACGAGAUCGGAAAGCUUUGACGCAGAAAGUCCGACGGCGUCUUCGUGAAGAGUUGCGUGAAGCAGCUGGAAGGGAACGGAAUAUGUUCUGGACUAACGUCAUGUGGGUUUAUUGCUUACAAUGGCAUCUGUGCUGUCGGUUAGGCUUCAUGCGAUUCUGGAUGUGGCUGGCGUUGCUAUCCGUGAUUGCGACUGCGGUUAUGAUUGCCCCAAUGAGCUACGCGAUGAACGAAAUGGAUCUAAGUUGGUGCCGCUUCAUGUCGAACUCUACGUUGGCUAAAUAUCAGCCUCAGUGGAGGAGCUGAUCGGUACCUCUCUAUGUUUUUUGCUUGUUUCCUUGUUGUAUUAAGCGAUUUUUGCGACCAUCUGAUCAAACCGUGUUUCUACGUUGUUUUUUCAUCUAAUUAAAACGGUAAGCUUCUUUUCGAAGCCUGUGCCGGACAGCUUGUUAGAAAUGCAUACGUACCGUAAAUUGCAUGCAUUAUAAACUAUCCCU